AUUUUACUCACUAAGUUUGUUACAUUUCCCUUUCCCGGGUGAACAUGCAAGGCAUCCAGUUUACAACGAGGUUCAACUAUUAUAAGUUGACGUCACUACUUCGUACACCUUCACACCACGCGCAGUCUUGGUUUCACAAAAACUCGCUCUCUAGGUACUAUUCCGCUACCAAUGAACCAAGGAAAAGGGACUGGAGACUAGCCGGACACCCUGCGCCUCUGUCCCUAGCAGAAGGAGAAAGUCUAGAUCUGAGUGAAGAUGAGCCACCCGCGAGGCGACGGAAGCGCGCGCCGGUGGAAAACACACCAGAGGAGUGGAGACGUCACCGUCUCGCCAUCAAGGAGGCUUUUCCUCAGGGGUGGUCCCCUCCACGUAAAUUAUCUCGUGAAGCCAUGGACGGUAUGCGUGCCAUGCAUAUCUAUGACAAGCGUACGUUUUCGACGCCGGUGCUUGCUGAGAAGUUCAAGAUCAGCCCGGAGGCUGUGCGCCGCAUCUUGCGGAGCAAGUGGGAACCGUCGAGAGAACAACGAGCGAGAUUUGCAGAACGGGAGCGACGGUCGAGAGAGGAACGAAAGAUGCAGAGUAGGCUUGAAGAGAAGAAACAGAACAUGGAACUGAUUUCUGAGACUGCCACGAUACCAGAGAGACCCAAUCGGAGAGAUGAGCGGCCAAAAGGGCUUAAUUCGAAGGAUAGGUUAUACUUUGGUUAACAAAAUUACUGGGAUCGACGGAUUGGCAUUGCUCGAUAUGUUCACACCUGCACGCUUAGCUUAUAUCAUCGAUCACAGAACCAUGUAACAUGCCCACCGUGUAAAAGCUUUUAUACAGAAAUGGAGCAUCGUAGCGCUACAUGGGAAUCGUCAAACAGGUGUAUUACUUUUAUCUAACCUAGAUUAUUGGGUC